CAGCUUCCUGACAACAUGAGGCCCAGCAGCUUCUUGGUCCUGGCAGUGUUCCUUAUCCUGGGGACUUUGGCGGCACAGGCAGCUGUCACAGGAGUUCUUCCUAAAGGAUCAGGCACGGACAGAGGUCGUGUUCCGGUCAAAGGACAAGAUCCGGUUAGAGGUCGAGAUCCGGUCAAAGCCAAAGGUCCCGUGUCCACUAAGCCUGGCUCCUGCCCCCCUAUUCUGAUCCAGUGCGCCAUGCUGAACCCCCCGAACCGCUGUCUGAGCGACACCGAGUGCCCAGGGGCCAGGAAGUGCUGCAAGGGCCCCUGUGGGCUGGCCUGCCUGCAGCCCCAGUGAGCCAGGUGGAGCCCAUCCUCACUGCACCUGUGAAGUCCCCAGGGCUGCUGGCCCCACCCCUGUCGCAUGGUCCUCUCCCUGGCCAUUCUGCCUCUCUUUCGCUCAGGAGGCCCAAGCCCGGGCUUGCUGUCUCCCUCAUUGACUUGGCAAUAAAAGACCACUUUUGGCUCCA